GUCUAGAUCGUGUGAUGGUGGAUGUUGUGCUUGCGCAGCAUAUCAUGAGCCCAUAGUUUAGCGAUAAAAGUUUUUAAAGUAUUUGUACUUUUUCGUGUAAAUAACUCGCGUGAACAGUGUAGUGUACAAGUGAAAGUGCAAAACUUGGUGUGGUGUUUUCUUGCAAAAUAUCUGCAUAAUCCGACGUCAGACGGCCCAUAUUAUUUCUACUUGAUGUGAUGGAGUCUUGACAUCAAAACUAUGGGAAGUGCUAAACAUACUGCGAUCAAACAAGCAACCAUGGGUGAAGAGAAGAAAUCCAUAAAAGACAUCCUCAAAAAACCGUUCCAAGCGAUAUUCAAUAGAAAAGACAAGAGAAAGAACAAAGCAACAGAUAAAGAUCCGGAAAGAGAUAAAAAGGAAACAGAGAAAGUAAAAGAAAUUGUUGUUACACCGGUUACUGAACUGUUAAAUAAAUUAUCACUGAAAGAUGAUGAGAUAGACUUAAGCAAACUUUCGAUAAAAGAUGAUGAUGAAGAUGAAUUCAAAAACUUCUCUUGCAAAGUAAUUGACGAUGUUAGGUGUACUAGAUUAGAUUCACACAAAUCAGACGACAGUGGGUAUUCAGAAAAAAUAGAGUCAGAUGAUGAAAAAGAUUCAAAGGUAGAUGAUAAAAAGAAAAAGAAAGUACAGACUGUUGCUAUAUCGAGGGCUCCGAUACAGAAUAAACAUCAAUUUGUGACGCCUGCGCAUCCGUAUUCAAGAGAGGCUGAUUUUAGACAGAUCAGCCAAAUAAACAAACAGACAUUCUCCGGGGGCCAAGUGCUCGUGAACAACACCACAAGAGCCGACAAUUCCUUCUUGAACCAAGCGCUACAACUCGUCGACACAAAUGUGCGGGAAUUCAACAAAAACACGCAAGAGGAACAGGUCAAAUACUGGCAAAUGGCUGAAGAGUUCAUUAACGAAAAGACCACGGAAGAGGACCUCAUCGCAGAGCUGUUACAAGUGAACCCUGACAUCUGUCAGCUGUCAAACUUCCCGCCGAAAGCCACAGAUAAUAUAAUGGCCACUUUUGACACCUGCCAAGUGUCAAUAAUCCCGCCGGAGGAGAAUCCAAUCGAGGAGUUCGAGAACGCAAACAUCAUUGGAGAAUACGAUGCAUCGGAAAUAUUUACGCAAUGUAUUCGAAAUGAAAUGGAUACAUUGAACGUUUUUCCGACUCCGCCUAGAUCGGAAAACGUACCAAGUCCUAUGUCGGAUUCACAGUCGUACUAUCCAAGCCAUUCUCCAAGUAAUUACACGCUUUCCCCUGAAACGUCUUCACCAAUGUAUAACAGUGAUUACGAAAGAUACCAAGACGUUCAGUACGAGUAUCCAAGCGUACUUGACAGUUUAGAAACGGAGAAUGACGUUGACAGCACAGAUAAAAAAGCGCGGGAAAAAGCGUCUAUGACGUUAAAACAAUAUAAAGACAUGCAGAAAGAUAUAGCCGCGGAAUUCUCGAAAAUGGAGUGUUGCCAGGCGAAUAGGAAAACUUGUAAAGAAUUGUUUCAAGGGCACUUGAAUAAGUUGAAGCUAGAACAUAGGAAGAUGAUUUGUCAAAAGGUUGCCUGUUUGGAUCUCGGGAAAGCGUACGGAGUAUUGCAACACAUAAUAGCAAGUCUAACAAACGGCAACACGGAUGAAGAUUUACAGUUGGCUCUGUUCAGCUUAAUCUGUGAGAAAGUGCUGGCUCUAAAAAAGGAAUUGUUUAUCGGAGAGUUUGGUCUAAAUCUACUAAAAGCAGCCGUACUACGUUGUCCCAGCAGACCGCUUAUCACAAGAUAUUUGGUGCAAUGCAUACGAACAGUUACUAGAGAAGAUACGUACAAACCUGCAGGGGAAUGCCUGUUUACUGAGGUCGACGCUCUUGGUGACAAUCUAAUAAUCGCUUGCGCUCGUGGUGGGGACACAUUUGCGCUGUCUCUAUACGAGCUUGUGUCGAAGCACAGUGGGGACGUACCAUUGUUCGCUUUGCACCAUGCUAAUGCUGAUGGAUACACAGCAUUACACGUAGCUUGCAGUACACAUAGCGUGAAAUCACCAAGAAUUCACAUCACACACGUGCUCUUAGAACACGCUGGUGUGGAUUUGUGGCGUGAGGAUAUAAAAGGUGGUGAAACAGCACUACAUUUGGCUGUAAAUUCAGCGAAUUGUGACCUUCGUCUCAUUAUGGUCAUAUUUAAGAACAUCGAUCGAAAACUGUGGAAGAAACUUGCACAUGUGCAAAAUAGAAGCUCGGUAACUCCACUAGAAUACGCCAGGUCUGCGAGCAAAUCGUCGACAAGACAAAACUUUCCGAUCGAAGUGUUGGAAUUCCUCAAGAAAUGCCGUUAAAUGUGUUAAAUAAAUAAAUGUUUGAACAUGGAA